CGGGUUCCUGCUGGUGCGCGCCAUGGGUCGGCUGUUGAACACGCUGCCGCUGUUAGGAACGCUGCGGGCGCGUGGCUGCCCAGGGACCGGCCCGCUAUGCGGAGCUGGAGCGGGUGGCGCACGGGCCUGCAGCUCCAAAGCGGCCGUGGACGGUCUAGAGGGCCCGSCGCGCCAGCGCUCCUACCGGCACUACGUGAGACGUCUGUUGUUAGGAGCGCCGCAGCCGCCGUACUUGCACGUUUGCCAGAUCGGGGACCCGGUGCUGCGGGCGGUAGCGGCCCCGGUGGAGCCGGCGCAACUGGAGACCCCGGAGCUGCAGCGGCUGGUGGAGCGGCUAGUGCAGGUGAUGCGGCGCCGGCGAUGCGUAGGCCUGAGCGCGCCGCAGCUGGGGGUGCCGCUGCAGGUGCUGGCCCUGGAGUUCCCCGAGGCGCUCUUCCGCGCCUGCGCGCCGCGCCUGCGCGCGCUCCGCCAGAUGGAGCCUUUUCCGCUGCGCGUGCUCGUGAACCCUCGUCUGCGGGUGCUGGAUAGCAACGUUGUCACCUUUCCCGAGGGCUGCGAGAGCGUCGCCGGCUUCCUGGCCUGCGUUCCCCGCUUCCAGGCUGUGCAGAUCUCAGGAAUGGACCCAAGAGGAGAACAGGUGGAGUGGCAGGCAAGAGGGUGGACAGCCCGCAUCAUCCAGCAUGAGAUGGACCACUUGCAAGGCUGCCUGUUCAUUGACAAAAUGGACAGCAGGACAUUUACAAACAUCCACUGGAUGGAGGUGAAUGACUGAAGCUUUCCUGCUGGGGCUGAGGAUCUGGAAAGACUAAAUGCAAAUACCUGAAUCUGAGYUGGGAAUAUCUUAUUUGCCUUCAACUUGGUAUUGGUCCUGAUAUGAAACAAAACAUUGGACUUCCAGAGCAUAUUGAACUGAGUUAGAGGACAAUCUUAGAAAUGUUUAUUCCAGUGAGGUUUGGACAAAAUAUUGCUACAAU